UUAUCUUGUUUUUCUAUUAAUUUUAAGUUACCAUUUUGAAAUUCUCGUUUAAAUACUUAACGCAGAAGGUUGAAAGUUGUAUUUUCCAAUAUGUUGAUCGUGUAGCAUCAGUAAUGGUGGUUGAAUCAGAUUUUAUUUUCCUUAAAUCCAAUUUCCCCAUGAUUCAUGUUUGUGGUUUUACGAAUAAAAUUUAUCUCCGCUAGUUCUUAUUUUAUUACAACGUUUUGUAUCAACGAAUGAGUAGUAUUGUGUGAUCUGAAAGUUAUAAAAAAAUGUGGGAUUUAAAUGAAGAUUAUGAGCACUAUUACGAGGAGUAUCAUCACCACGCCGAUAUUGAAGUGAAAGACUACACCAUGGAGGUGGUGGUGAUAGUGGCAUCAGUGGUGGGGAUUGUCAUUUUAAUACUGUUGCUGUGCAAAUGUUGUAAUCGGAGCAGAUACAGGGGGCAAGUUAUAGCGCCGCCAGCGGUCACCACCACACAGUCCACAGUGACAGUACAAGCUCCGUACCCACAACAGCAGUACGUUGUGCAGUCUUAUCCAGCGCCGGCGCCGUACCCGCCGCCGGCGCCGCACGCGGCGCUGCCGGCGCCGGCCGCGCCCUACCCGACGGCGGCGCCCUACCCCACCGCGGCGCCGUACCCGCACCCGAUGCCCGUUGUUCCUAACGCACCUGACGCUAACGCCCAUCCACCGUCGUACGAGGAUGUAAUGGGAGGCGUCGCGUCGUCGACACCGUCCGCUCCCAACGUGAAACAACCGCCAUACAACCCCUACCUGUCGCAUUAGUCGCGCGACAGCGGUGCUUGUAAGUUGGACCACGUUAAACGAAUAUGGACUUUAUCUUAAUAGAUAUAAGUCACAGCGUGCUACGAGCAUGUAAAUAUAGAUAAGUUUUAAAAUUUAUUUUUUGAAAUAAUACAAGACUAAGAGUUUUUUCUAAUUAGGCUGGUAGCACACUGAUGGAGUCUUAAUUAUGAAAUCAGAUUUUAUUUCAUACACAAUUUGUAUUAAAAAUGUGUACUAUUUAUAUUAUAUAAUAUACUUUUCGAGCGGAAAUCUGAAAUUCAUUAAUAUUUCGUUAGUGUGCAACCAGAUUUAUUGUACAGAACAAAAUAUACAUGGGAACGCUGUAUGUACCAUAGAGUAGUUAGCUAUUUAAAUAUUAGAUAUUUGAAUGAAACCAAAACGUUAUACAUAUACAUAAUUCGUAACAUUGUAUGAUACGAUGUUUUAUGAAAUCCUAAUGCGUUAUAGUUAAUGGUUUAUAUUGUAAUUAGCACUUUUUAGGUAGAAUUUUUCAACAAUUUGCGACUGAUUUGACGUCUCGUACCACGGUGCGUAGUCGUCUACAGAGAGUUUUCUUAAUAUCUUUAAUUGCAUUUAAAUUUCUAACUAGAUGACAAUAUUUUAAGUUUAAUAAAAAUAAAUAAAGGUGCUUUAAAGAAGCGCUUUUCGCCAAUCGGGAGGUCAAGCUCAUUUCCCGCCAUAUUUAACGUCAGAGCUGUCAAAAUGACAAAUUAUUAAACUUCGUUAAUUUUGAAAAUUGAAUAAAAACGAAGGAAAAUUAUAAUAUUAGUAAUAACACACAUUUUAUUUAUUUAUUUUUGAUUACAAGACAGAUAAGAAAAUUAAUUUUUUUUAAUAAGCAUUAAACUUAUAAUAUUGUCUUGACCUCCUUUUUUCUUUAAAAAUAUUUUUGUAAAUACAUUUUCGGUUUAAUACGAAUUUGAAUCUAAAAUACAUAAGUUUCUUGAGUUCACUUUGGACUGGUUUCUAUGGGUAUAUUGUGUAUUGAUAUUUUUUUUAAUUAAUUCAAUUUCGCCUAUAAGUACAGAUUGCAAGAGAUUAUUUUCUUAUGAUUUUUUUUUUAUGUAUUCUAAUUUUUGUGGAUAUUUUAAUUAAUAUUUUUUUUAUUAAGGGAAUGUAAUUUAAUUAAAAUUAUUUUUAAUAUUCAAUUUAUAUUCCGAAUUUAUAUUAGGUUUUAGAAUUAAUUACGAUCGACAACGACAUGAUUUCCCCAAAAUGCAUUUAUACCGAGGUGUAGAAUCGACGUAGAUAUCUUUAUCAAUUUUCAAUAUUAAUUUUUAAUAACAAUUGAACAAUUUUCAAUAAUAACUGAACAAUUUUUAAUAAAAACUGAACAAUUUUCAAUAAUAAUUGAACAAUUAUCAAUAAAAAUUGAACAAUUUUCAAUAACGACUGAAUAAUUUUCAAUAAAAAUUGAGCAAUUUUUAAUAACAACUGAACAAUUUUCAACAUCACUGAUUCAGUAUUUAAAAGUACUUUGUUAGUGAACAAAAAGGUUAAUUCCAUUAAUUUAAUAAAAAAUGAAAGCUUGUACCGAUGGAUGGAUAAAUAGAUAGAUAGAUGUUUGUUACUUUUUCACGCAAAAACUACUGAACGAAUAUGAAUGGUAAUAUAGGGUACACGGGCAGGUUUUUUUUUUAAUGCAUGAUUAAUGGAAUGGUAACCCCGCCUGCGCUAACGAUAUACGCUGGAUAUAUGAUAGGUGAAUAAUGAAAAAAGCAGGUCAGUCAUCCCAUCGUGAUGAAUACACCUGGAACUCAGCACGAUGGUUUCCAGGGGGUACCGCGUGAAGGUCGACCUGACAAGCUAUAUUGCUAGCAAUGGGAUGGGUAGCCCGCAUUACUAACGAUCCCUUCUACGGUAACUGCUUACCAUCAGGCCGGCCGUAUACUUGUUUGCCACCUCAGUGGUGUAGAAUGGAAUACAUUAUUUUCUUUGAAUACAAUUACAUUAAACAACAUAAAGAAUAAUUGAUAAUUAAUAUUUGAUCAAAUUUUCCUCGUUGUUUAGAGUUUCCAUAAAUCAUGGCUAUGAUGAGAUAUCCUGAUUGAAACGAAAUACCUGUUCGGGAGUCAAGUAAAUAUACUUCAUCUACGCAUCAAGCCAUUAUAGAAAUAAGUAGAUUACAAAUAACAGCAGGAUAUUAUAAUAAUAAUGCGAUUUGUUAGUCAAGUGGUACGAUAUUGUAAAUACCUAAGUCAAGUUCGACUUCCAGCAGCAGUAUUUCCGAACCGAUACGACAUCGUAACCUUCAAGAAAAGAGCAUAUUCCUUUUUAAAAGGCCGGCAGCACACCUGCAAUGCCUUAGGUGUUGUGGGUGACCAUGGGCGGCGGUAGUCACUUACCAUCAGGUGAGCCGCAUGCUCGUUUGCCCCCUGUGUUGUAAAAUACUUUGUUUACCUAUUUAGUUCUUACAAUAACUUGGAAAUUAAGUGGAAUAUCAAAAUAUUGUAUUUUCCCUCCAUAAUAAUAGUGAUGACAUAUAUAUAUACAGGGUGUAAGAGACAAGUUAACAAUUACAUAAGUGUUUUUUUUUUUCAAUAGUAAAAAAAAAAUUGUUCUUGAAAAUUGACACUAUAUAUAUAAUGCAAACACUUCGGUAUGAAUGCUUCUAAAUCUUUCCUAGAUAGAUAAGGGUAACAGAGGUAAAUAUGUAUUUUAUAAUAUAUAUAUAUUUUUUUUUUUUGAUGGUUUAAAAUGGUAUGGUAACCCCGCCUGCGCAGGGGGAAAAGGGAUUGUUAGCAAUGGAGUUUGACAGCCCUAUUGCUAGCAGUAUGCCCCAUUAGGUCGACCUCCACGUGGCUCCCUCUGGAAACCAACAAUUCGUGAACAAUUCUUGUUGAAUUCGUCACGAUGGGCUAACUUCACCUAUCAUCCUUCACUGGUGCCCUGCCGGUGUAUACCGAUAGCGCGGAUGGGGUUACUAUUUCAUUAUCACUCCUAAAAAAAAACCCCGCCUGCUCUAACGGGAUACGCUGGCGGAGCAUCAGUGAAGGGUGAUAGAUGAGAAUGAAAACAGGCCAGUUAGCCCAUCGUGAUGAAUUCAUCAGGAAUUAACCAUGAUAGUUUCCAGGGGGAACCGCAAAGAGAUCGACCUGGCUGGGUAAAUUGCUAUCAAUAGGAUUAUCAGUCUCUAUUAUUAACAAUCCCUUUCCCCUCUUUAUAAUAUAUUGAUUAUAGGGCUGUAAUUUUUUAUUUUGUGUUAAGGUCAACAUUUAAUCAUUAAUGUGAACAAAAAAUAAGUCUAUUUAAAAAAAUGUAUGUAAAAAUGUAUAAUAUAUGUAUAUAUGUAUCUAUUCAACUGGCCAGCAUAGUAAUAUGAAAGUACUUUUUUAUUAGGUGAUAGUGUAAUGGUAACUCCGCCUGCGUUAACGGUAUACGCUGACGUGGCACCAGUGAGGGGUGAUAGGUGAGAAUGAAAAGGCAGGUCAGUUAGCCCAUCGUGAUGAAUACACCUGGAAUUCAGCACGAUGAUUGUCAGGGGGGACCACGUGGAAGUCGACCUGAUAGGGUAUAUUGUUAACAACUGGGAUUGAUAGUCCGCAUUACUGAUAAUACCUUCCCCUUAUUUCAGAGUACUUACUACGCUGGCCAGUUGACAUAUCAUAGGAUAUAUUGCAUGCAAGUCAUGGUCAUUACCAGAGGGAGACUUUGUACAAAAGUCGAUUGCUUGGGUACCUCUGUCCCAUUCGUAUUUCAACCGUGAAGCACUUGUGUUUGCAUGGCUGUGUUUCGGUUUGUAGGGUGGGAUAUGGCGUGAACUUACUGGACACAAAGGAAUAGCUGAGUCCUCAGGAAUGGCAACGCAUGGGGGGUAUCAUGGGCGAAACAGUAUACUCUGUUAUGUCCAUGGUACUGCUCAUGUGUAUAGGCAACGGUUACCAUUUUCCAUCAGGUGGGCCGUCAGCUUGUUUGCCAUUCUAAGUUGUAUAAAAAAAAAAAUGUUUACUCCGUCAAUACAUGGUUAAUUUAUAUUUAACGUAUAUACCAUAGAGUUCCUUUGAACUAUUUAUAACUUUAUUCUUUAUGAUCUAUGCGUAUUUGUUUUGCAUUUUUUUAAAAAAUAUUUCUAUCUAUUAUUUUGUAUACGUAAAUAUAAGAUUUAGUCGUAUUGUCAUUUCGCCAAAGACUGGUUGUAUUGUACCCAGUAAUAAAGAAAUGUCUUUGUAAUUAUAACCAAUUUUUUCUCUAUAAAUCCACUGCCUGUUUAUUUUAUAUUCAAACAAAUCUUAGCAUCACUUUAAUAAACUUUUUUGUUUUUUUUGUUUUUAUGCACUUUUAUUUUGAUAAAAAACAUGCCAAGAUCAUUUGUUAAUGCCAAAUAAAAAAGAUGGUACCUGAAAGUAGUUUUGACAGUCAUUUUUUUUUUCUAAACUGGGUACUGUUACAGUAAUGUCUGUUUAAAUUGAAUAAAUGGGGGAGACAAUAAUGCGAAUGUGAAAGCACUGUGAGAUUUACAUCGUUAGAAAAAUUUAAGUGUAUGUUUAAAUUAGUGUUGGCAGAAAAAUGUAAAACAUUUGCAAAGUUUAGGCUGUAUGUAACAGAUGUCUGCGCUUAUUUUUUUUUUCUUAGGUAUUUUAAAUGUGUAAACUACGUAAGUUUUAGCGGGAAAUUAUAAAGUGAUUUUUGAAUUUACAAUGUAAAGAAUAAAAAAUGUAUUUAAAAUAUUUUAUAUUAAUAAAAAAAAAUAAAAAAAAACACCUGUAUGACCCUAUUUACUUUGUCUAUUGUGAGAUAUUAAAAAUACAUUACUAAGGUGCAGCAAACGUUGUAAAUACGUAUCUCAGAUAAUUUAUAUAGCAAAAAAAAAAAAAGAAAUUUCUGGACAGUUUAUAAGAAAUGCUCAGAUUAAAUGAAAGAUCGCUCAUUUUAAACUAGAAAUCAAUUUUAAAAUAUUUACAAUUUUGUCGUACUAUUCACUUUUCAACGUUUAAAAAUAACAAAGCAUUGGCUCAAUACCGCGUACAAAAAUAUUAUUCUGUUAUAUAUAAUAGGUAGUUAUUUAUAUCUUGUUGUUUGUUAUUAAAUCUUCCCGAUAUUUACAAUUUCAUAUGUGUAUUUGGAAUUAAUUUGUCUAUCCAAUGUAGUAUUUUAAUAUAAUAAUAUAAAAAUGUCCGAAAUGUGACGAAUGAAUAUCCAUAGACACGUUUCCAAUGCUGUACGCUUGAGAUGGAACGAGACGGCAACAUUCGGCGUCUUGUUCUAUCGCGUACGCACGAACAGGUGCGUAGUUACGAAAACGAAUCUAUGGAUAUAUUAAUUUAUCAGAUUUUCAAAUUCAUAUUUGUUUACAUUUUCUUAUUUUAAUUUAAAAACAAGUAUGCGAUUUCGACUUUGUCGUAAAAUUUUGAAACAAUAUCAGUUGAUUGCUUUAUUGUUAAAAAUUUCUUAAGUAUAUACCUACAUAUUAUGUUUUAAUGAAAUAACCACCGGUUUAAUUUACAUUUAAUUUCGUCGAGAAAUCUCGAUUAGUUUCCGGACUAAGGGUCCGGGCUGGUCCCAAAACUAGCGGAGCUUUGAAAUUAAACGCAAGUUAAAAUGAUAGUUAUUGCAUUAAUAUAUAGUUGACCAAUUAUUUGUAAUUUCUCUAUGUAGUUGGUUUUUUUGCCGCGUUUUUUUCUUGUAUAUGUACUUAAUAUAAUAUUAAACUGAAUAGCUUAUAUAUAGCUUUAUACAUCUUUGUACAUAACCUUUAUUGUCUUGUAACAAAAUGCAAGACUUAUAUUCCAUCGUUUCUCCCUUAGCGCCGUUACCACUAUCCCUUAAAAUAUUUAUUGAUGAAAAAUGUGAUAAUUGUUUAAUAUUAUUUUUGAUAUAAUAGCUUAUAAUGUAUUCCAAUUUUUUACAUUAUUUAUAUAAUAUAGAUAUAUGUCAAAUACAGUCAAAAUGUAUGAAUGUAAAUUCGCGCGCAUUCUUCCAAGAUGGCUGCGUUGGCGCCAAAUUUACGAGUAUGUUACGUUCGGAAAUCAGUGCUCCUACAGAUUUAAUUCAACCGUAGUAAGAAAUAUAUCUGUACAUUAAACUAAAUGAAUGUAUGUCAUGGUAUAAUUACAAAUUACAUUUAAAGAUUUUUUACGAAAUAUAAAAUUGUUCAAUAA